AUUUGCUUAACUUCAAUACAUCAUAUACAUAGGUUGAAAAUAGUAUUGGCUAUCACCAUGAGUUAAACUUGCAGCCUAAUCCCUAUAGACUUAUUUUUUACUUUAUUGUUCUUCUAAGAACAUAAGAAGACAUUAGAAGAAGUAGGUUAGACCAUGAGAAUUGAAAGAACUAUAGAUUCGAUAUAAUGGAGAGAAAUUGUGUAUUGAAAAAAAAUAACAUAAUUUGAUAAAAUAAGUUAUAAGUAGAUGAAAGGUAAACCUGAUGUUGAAAUUGAUAAAGGAAGGAGUAUAAUUUCAAGAAAAAGUAAAUUAAAUCAAUACUUAUUGUAUUUGAAUAGAGCUAGAUAUAAAUUAU